UGAGAGCGUUUUAGUCGCGCGGUACGCUGUCGUCAAUGUGUGUAUAACACCGGGAAUUCUAGGCAGAGGCUGAUCGAAAUCGCGAAACAAUUCAAAUUUUUAAAAGCUCGAAAAGCUUUGCUCAUGCAGAGCGAGCACAUUCUGAAAGCUUUUAUGCUAAAGCAUUGACUUUGCUCACAGGAACUACAAAAACCGAGCAAAGUAAAACGAAAAAAAAAAAACAAAUUAAUCCAUAGAGCAAACUAGCAACAACAAGCGACACGCUGCUGAGAGCUCGCAGAGCAGUAAACGACGCUCAACUGAAAUGAGCGCUACGGAGGGCUACUCAGAAAAUGCGCGACGCACAAGCAUUGCCAGCAGCUCUGGGGGAAGCAGCGUCAGCAAUGCCAUCGCCGUUACGGCACAGCGGCGCAGUCUCUGCCAAUGGCUGAUGAACUUCAUCAGAAACAUUUCAGUCGAGCCAACCAUGUUCCUAUAUAUGUUCGCCUUUAUGAUCACCUCUGUGGUGGAGCAGAACUUCUUUUUGCAAAAGGCCUGCCGUGUCAAUAAUAAGCUAAGCGACGACAUCUGUACGAAUAUCCAUAAGAAAGGAAACGAAGAGUAUAAGAAACAGGUACUGGACACCACAGCCUGGUUCUAUCAGUGGGAGAAUAUCGCGGCGCAUGUUUUCCCCAUUAUCUUAGCAUUAUUUCUAGGAUCCUUUUCGGAUCGUCGCGGUCGCAAGUUGCCCCUGCUGAUGGGUCUGGUGGGUAAGUUCAUCUAUUCCACGAUGGUUGUGGUCAAUGCCAAGAUGUCCACCUGGCCGGUGGAGUAUAUAAUCUAUACGGCAACGUUGCCAUCGGCCAUAACUGGCGCUGAUGUGGCCAUCUUUGCCUCCUGCUUUGCCUACAUAUCCGAUAUAACGACGUUGCAGCAACGCACCAUUAGGGUGACCAUAUUGGAUGUAGUCUAUUUGACUGCGAUGCCAACGGGCGUAGCCCUCGGCUCAUACCUCUUCUACAAUGUAUUCAAUGAGUCCUAUGCGGAUAUGUUCGCAGUGAACGCAACGCUCCUGCUGCUUGCCAUCAUCUACACGCUGCUGGCUCUGAAGUGGCAAACGACACCCAAUCAGCGCUCGCUGCGUGAAUUGGGCUGCUGUGGCUUUUGGGGCGAUUACUUUGAUCGGCAGCACAUCAAGGACUCCAUAGCGGUGCUCACCAAGCCUCGACGUGGUCACAGACGCAGCUUCCUCUACAUCCUGCUCAUUAGCAUGGCGCUCUACACCUUCCAGCGGGACGAGGGAAACUACUUGUAUAUGUACACAUUCGACAAGUUCAACUGGCAGGUUGGCUCCUACAGCACCUUUAAGACCUUCAAGUCCUCGGCGUUUGUCAUUGCAAUGCUCCUGGCUGUGCCGUUGAUGAAUAAGCUUCUCGGCUGGCGAGAUACGACCAUCAUCUUCAUUGGCACCUGGGCACACGCCAUUGCCCGUUUGUUCUACUACUUUGCGCCUAGUCCUACGCUGCUGUAUGUCGGCGCCGUUGUCUGCAGUCUGGGUCCCAUAGUUGGGCCAAUGAUACGCUCGAUGACGUCCAAAAUAGUGCCCCAGUCGGAGCGCGGCAAGGUCUUUGCUCUGCUCUCCGUUUGCGACAAUGCAGUGCCCUUCAUCAGCGGCGUUUGCUACUCCCAGAUCUAUCGGGCGACGCUCAAAACGAAUCAUGGAGGCGGCAUCUUCCUCCUAACCCUGGCCACACAGCUGCUCGUCUUUCUGCUGGUGCUCUGCAUCCACAUUGUGCUGGGCAGAAGUUCCUUGGCUGUGCCCGAGGUGCCGGAGAAGGAGAGUGGACUGAUUAGGCACGAGGAUGUGCAGGCGUCCACAAACAAUGCGGAGCAAGCAACUCAUUGAGUUCAACAACUAUCUGUGUUUUAAGCUAAUAAAAGAC